AUCGCUUACUACAUUCCUGUUUGAGAAGGAAUUUUUACUUUUAUUUGUACAGUAGUGUUCACGAUCUAACAGAAAACGCAUUCCUAAACACCACUGUCUUCAUUCUCAUCUAUCCUCCUCAGUUCUUAUCGACGUUGGAAUGAGACGAAUAAACGGACCGUUGAACCUAUCGCAGUCAGUUUAGUUUAUCUCUCUCGCGUGAUUGCAGUGAGAAAUAAUAAAAACAGAGGAAAAAUGUCUAGUGAUAUUUUGGAACCUUUACCUUUAGAAAAGUGGCAAUUACUUGCCGAAAAAUUAAAAAAAAAUUGGCCCGCAAAUGUUCAAUAUUACUAUUUUGUUCAUACUGCAAAAAAAUGGAAAACAAAGGAACCGAAUAUUCCUAUUACAAUUUAUUGCCUAAAUGCAGAUUAUAAUUCUGGAAUAUUCGUUUCAGUAUCUGAUUUCACAAUUUAUUCUGUUAUCGCUUUUGCUCAUGAAGGUUUUGAGAAAUUAUUGUACAAGGCUGUGACUGAAAGUAAAUUUAUAAAAUGGAACAAAGGUGUUUUUCUCCCAGCGAUUCAAUUGCGACUUGUUCCAACCGUUUACUCUAUCAUUGACUUUUUGAAGGUGAAAAAAAAUUUAGAAAUAGAAUGGAAUGUUCCGGGCAAUUGUUUCUUUAAAUCCAAGGAAGAGUGUGCCGUUUUUGAAGUACAAGUUCCUGAUGAUUGCUAUUUGAAAGAACUCGAUGAUACUCAUAUUCCUUUAAUUCAUUCCGUAUGGCCGCAUCGAAAUGAAGAGAAUCCUGAAUUAUCAACAAGACAUGUUAUGGCAAUGGUAAAAUUUAAUGGAGGAUUAGGAUUAUUUUCAAAAGAUACCAAUGAACUGCUAUCUUGGGCUGUACAAUCGGAGCUUGGUGCUAUUAGUCUUGUUCAAACAAUUGAUCGUUGUAAACGAAGAGGAUAUGCAAAAAUUGUGACAAAUGCCAUUGCAAAGGAAUUAGCAAUGAAAGAAAUUGAUUCAUUUUUGUUUAUUGUAAAAGGAAAUAUUCCCUCGGAAUCAAUGUUUAGUUCAUUGAAUUGGAAACAUCUUCAUGAAACCGAUUGGAUACAAACGAAGGAAUUUACUGACGUUAUAGAAAGAUAACAAAUAAAUACAUAUAUAAAUAGUGUAAAUAAAUAAUAUAUAAUAAUUAAAUAAUAAAGAAAAAAUUUUAUUUUCUUU